AUGUAUAGGUCUGGAGGUGGUGGCCCUCGGGCUCGGGGCAGCAUCUUGGGGGCCCUGAAAGCCACCGAGAUGCUCGACUCACGAGCGAGGCUCCCAGCAGAAAUUAUGGUGACCAUCCUCAACUACUUGCCCGUGGCCGACCAGAUGCGCUGUGCUCGCGUUUCCCGCCGAUUACAAGAGAUGGUAUACGAUGAUACUCGAUGGGUGUCACGGCUGAAGAGCAUGGGGUGCUGGGACGAACGGGAGGCGAGACAGAGAUUUGAGGAUGCAGUUCGGCGUAGGCGAGAAGCUGCGGCGGCGGCGGCUGCGAGUCAGUCUGCUGAUGGCGCUGGCAAAAGGAACACAAUUUCGUCAGCCACGAUAUUCGAUGCCACGGUCGAGCAACAGCGUCGGCAGCGAGCUGCUUCAGAAUUACGAGACGGGUUCGAGACCAUGAAAAUAGGGACAGGCGAUACUGCUGAGGAUCCUGCGUCGUACCUCGAUGUAUUCAAGCAUGUCAAGAGCGUCAGAGGAGGCGCAAGACAAGAAUAUGGAAAGAUCUACAAAGCGCUGGCACCGUUUUACUUCGACCUUGUCAUGGCGAAGACGCACACAGAUCCAAUCGUAUUCAAGGCGUUUGUUGACCCCGAGCAGCAGGCCCAGAUGUUGGCCAACUUGCACCGAUUUGCAGCGAGUGACUGGUCUGAGGGAUGGGGUCACAGAGACUCAAAGCUGACAUCAAUGAUGAAUAUUUUUGAGGCGGCCGUUUUGCGCGAGUUUGAGCAAGGCUACGAAUUUUGGGAUGUCGAUGGGAGGAUGCAUCGAUAUGCGCAUGUUUUACAUACCCUCAACGGUGCCAAGACUGGGAUCGACCUCUUCGUACAGAAACACCCCCUCUUUAGUGAUCGCGAUGUGGUGCAUAAUCCCAUGGACUGUUUAAAUCAAGCAUUCACGGACGACAUAGUACUAGAGCCAUCGCGACGCUUCUUUGAGACCCUGCUAGCCAAGGUCAAUGACCAAGCCAGUGUCCUGGAGCGAAUAUUUCCCGAGCCUGCCAUCGUCUUCUGGAGUCUCACUGAAAAGAUAGCAGAGGACAUUGUCGCCGAAUACACAACUCCCUUAUUCGACGAGGCACACGAGCGCAGCAUUUCUUCCUACCUCAAGGCCGUUUCUGGCAUAUUCGAACAGACACUGAGGUUCUUUCAGUCACUGACACCUCCCAAAGGACCCGAGGAAGAUUUGGGAAACCGUGCUAAGCAGCUGACGCUAAAAGUCUUUGAACCCCAUCUCGAUUUAUACUUACAAGAGGAGCUGGACUUCUUCACCAAACAAGCGGAAGUUGAGGUUUUGCAAUGGGAGAAGAAGCUCUCUGAGCAAGAUUCAUCCUUGGAGUCGUUCUAUUAUUCCAAUAUUAAUCGUUCUGCGGAGAAGAACGAUUUUCUGAGCUCAUUCAAGAAAGUUAUCAUGAUGCCUGUCACAGUUCUCCCGACAUUUCCAAUAGGCUCUCCGUUUGCAACCACGAAACCGACACCUUCCCCCGCAAUUACUGCAAAUGGAUCUGCAGUGUUAACACCCCAAUCCUCUCGACCACAGACCCCGGGGCUGGGCAAUGACAUUCAGGGACGGGGUAGCCCAAUGCCAGGUGCCAAAGCCCCGACCGAUGAGCUUGCGGCUAAAGCAGCCAUCAUGGCCUCGAAACUAGAAGGCAUCAAGUCUCUUUUCAGUAUCGAAGUAGCUCUGGAUUUGGUACACAAGGCCAAGGGCAGUCUAGGGCGUGCUGCUGUGUUAAUUCCCCUAGGUGGACAGGCUGGAGGAGAAGCCCGCGAGCAGUGUGCUAACAUCUUCAUUGCACUCGUUCGGAUACUCGGGCAGAGGCACGUAAAGCUUGGAUUCGACAUGGCUGUUGACCAUCUUUCCCAUUACAAUCCAAGAGACGUGAGCGAUCACGAUCAAAAAGGGGUAGCGCCGCUCGUGAUGUUUAUUGAGCUGGUCAACGUUGGAGAUCUCAUUUCGCAAAUGAUUGAAGUCUUUUACGAGCAACAACUCGCAGCGCCUAAGAUUGCGGACAAGAACGAUUUCUUGGAUCCUGCUGGCUUAGCCAAGAAGAAAUUUGAGCAGAUGCUUGAUGAGAGUGUUGCAGCAGGCCUGAAUAAGGGUAUUGACGUGCUCAUGGACGAGGUAGAAUACCUUCAGGGAACUUUGCAACAGCCUACAGACUAUAAUCCUAUUCCCCGCGCGCCAACAGAUGAUAUGAAUAACCGACAAUCCAACCGAGCAACUAUCGGCUCCAUGGCAGAGCUAGAUAUAGGACCGACGCCCACAGCUCGCCGCAUCGUCGACCUUGUCAGAUCCCACACUAACAUGCUGGUGGGUACAACGGAGAAGUCGAUGCUGGACGUUUUCAAUGGUGAAGUUGGCCAACGACUCUUUACUGCCAUAUGCAAACAUCUCAAGCGACAGCGUAUCAGCACCGAUGGUGCUAUAAAACUCAUUUCCGACAUGAAUCUCUUCUCCGACUACGUGAGAUCGCUCCGAAACCAAGACGUGCUGCCGUAUUUUGCUGCGCUGCGCGAGUUGAGCCAGAUCUAUCUCAUUGACCCGAGCCACGCCAAGGAAAUGGCUACGGUCAUUGCAGACGGCGAUCGGUUUGGUGGCGUGUUUCGCGCAGAAGAGGUCUACGAGUAUGCGCAGCGCAGGGCGGACUGGUACCAAGUGAGAAGGAGUGUGGAGAGAGCAAUGUAUGGUAUGGACUGCGUGGUAAUGUAA